AUGGGAAAGGAUAGACUCCAUUCUACUAUUGGCAUAACUGGAAAUAAUCAGGAUUCGCUCUCAGGCGCUGUUUCCAUCAUUCCCAGUAUGCUCCAUCCCUCAUCUGCUCUUGUCAUGGAGUUCUUGGCAAAGAUUGGCCAGGUACUUUUACGAGAAAGAAUCACUACUGGAGCUGUCAACAGCAAUGCUAUCAGAGAUAAAAACACAUCUAUUCACUCAUCCAGCAUCACUUCUGAAUCUACUCAACAGCAAUCUACAGCAACUCUGAAAACACUCGAGUUAGAACAAGGAUUCGUGGCGCCAAGCCAUGUUCAGACUCUGCGUCAUACCAGGACAGUAUCAGCACAGACACUGCUGGACUUGCAUGCACUCAAUGAGCAUGUGGAAUUUUGGCGCUCGGGAAUGCCAGUGUAUGUUGAUAUCGUGGAUAUUUGCUCGAGUGUCCUUUUAGAACGCUGGAUCAUUUCAUUCGAGUCUGCUGGCGCUACUACAAAUGGCCACAGUCAUAACGGCCACCAGAACGAAACAAGGAACGGAUAUCCAGCGGAUAAUACGUUGGAUGGAAAUAUUCAUAUCAGUGGACAUAAACCGGACCCAACAAAUCUGAUUCUUCUAGUUCAGUCAUUGUAUUUGCAAGUACGGCUUCUACCUUUAGGUGCUGCUUUAGCCGAUACUUCCAUGCUCAAGUCAGACUUGUCGUAUUGCAUGUUUCUUGUGGAUGGGCAGCAAGUAUCCCCGCUGGGUAAUAUGGGUGAGCCUCUAUCCGUUCCAUCGAUGGGGUUUCAUCCAACCGCCAAGCUCAAAGUUCAUCGACUACGAUCUGCCCAAACUACACAUGGUUCAUUGCAUCUAUCCGUAGUAUAUGACCACGCAUUUGCAGAUACAAUCCCUACUGUUCGACCACCACCGCAAACCAAGGCGUUCCAGCAACAAUCUGAUUCAAAUCGAUCAAAAUCAAUGCCAGACUCGAAUGUAGCCGGUUCAAACCCAACUCCCACAGACACACCACUAUCUGCAUCAUCCCAUAUCCCAAAAAUCAUUAAUACCUCCAACUUGAAUGCAGAUAUUGGCCCUAACGGGUCUUUACAAACACUGACUAAUCUGCGUAGUUUCACUGGAAGCCCAUUUCCAAGUCCUACUAUGCAGAAACGGGUGCUAGAUAUAGCUAAUUUGAAACUUUUGCUGGAUGAGCCCCCAUCUUCGACACUUGAUGGUAGUAGUGUUGGUGAUGUAUCGACUAUAUCUCAACUGUCUGCAAAACAAACAUCAACUCCAGCAGACUCAAAACUAUCAUUAUCGAAUCAGCUUGGCACUCCGACAAAAUCUAGUUUGCAGUUGUUAAAGGCAGAUAUUGGAUCCAUCAAACUUCGAUUACCCCCUCAUGCUCCUUUGAGUGCGCUACCAGUUAUGCGAUCGUCACUUGGUCAGAGCAUGCUUCUUCGCACCAAUUCUGCCUCUUCAGAUGAUAGUGCAGAGGACUUGAUUCAAAACCAUGUAAACACACCUUCGCCACUGAAUACAGAUUCAAGCACAGUUGGUUGUGCAACCACUACUUCUACCAAGGAUAAAAAGACCCCACCUUUGAUAUCUGUACUGAUUUCCAAUCCUGCGCUCGAUACUUGCAAAGAGACUUUCUUUGACGCAGCCCCUAUCCAUCGACCAAUCCCAUUGGUUGCACAAUCCAUCCACACAUCAACACCAAUGAGAGUCGGCUUGACAGAAAAUACCACAUCACAUCCAUUUCAUCAUCAUUCAACAACACCUUUAGAUUUGUUUGGGUCAUUGGUAGGAUCCUAUGAAGAAUCCAUACUGAGUGGAAGAAUGUCAACUCUUCCUUCGCGGCCCAUUACAUUUUUAGCAGAGAUUGGAGUAAUUGGAAUAGGAAAAUGCAAGCAAUCGCUUAAAUGUCCACCCCAUCUAACUCUUGCAUUUCCAGCAUAUUUUUAUGAGUUGCUGGAGGAAGAAUCACCAGCCACACCGUAUGUUGGAAAUAUUGACGUGGAAUGGCGAUUGGCUGUUCGCGAGGACGCUGAUGGAAAUGUAGUGUAUGUGAAGGAUGAAAAUAACGUAUCGCCUAUUACAGUAUCCCCACGUCGUUCUGAUCCACUGCUGAGACGAUAUGGGUGUGAUAUAACAAGUCGAUGGGGAUUGGAUGCAAAUCGAAGACGACAAUCUCUAACAAUGACUGCUGCUUCCUUGCGAUGUGAAACCAAGACGAAUUCAACACAGUCGGAUGUUCCACAUGAAACGAUCUGGCCAACUUUGCCUGGACCUGGACUGAUUUCUAGUGGUGACUCUCCUGUAUCAAUAUCCAACGCAUCAACAGUGCAACUAUCAAGAACAAAACAACCAGACCAUUCUGGAUACAGAUUACCGUUCAAGGGACAAUUACAAGUUGUGAUCAAGAAUCCAAGUCGAACAGCAGUCAAAGUAUUUUUGGUUCCGUAUGAUUUGCGGGACAUGCCGGCCGGAAGCAAGACAUUUAUGCGACAAAAAUCAUAUGCACUUUUACCAGCAAGAUCACCUUUUAAGAAUACGGGGGCUGGCAAAGAAGGUAGAGAGGUUCCAGCAUUCAACUCAUCACAGUCAUCAAAUGCAGAGUUUCCAUCAUUUGAAGCCACAGCAAAACCGUGUCAGCAGCAGUCUACACGACAAUCAUCGCGUGCAAAUAUCCAUACACCCACAAGUGAUCGGCUACGGUAUGCGAUGCAUCUGCAAUUUGUAUGUACAGAAAAGAGACGGUUGUAUCUAUGUAAGAGUAUCCGAGUAGUGUUUUCACAUCGCGCACCUGAUUCAGAUGAAUGCUUGCGAAGUGUCUGUGAAGGACCGAGUAAACCAAAGUACAUGCGAUUAGACGGUGGACCAAUAGUGGCGACUGGUGGAGAUGGAGGGAAUUUCAGCGAGGAAGAGUCCAACAGAUUGGAUUUACUGAACAAAAAAAAAGAUAAUAAUGUGGGCAGUGAUGGGAAAUGCAUGAUGCGAUGAACCUUCCAAUAGAAACAAUAGCAAUUGAUAUUUAAAGCAUUUUGAAUGCAAGAGCGAGAGCGAUCACUAAUUGACAAUAAAAUGAAAAUAUUUGAACGA